CGCGUAGUCAGUCCUCGCUCUAACGAGCAACUUCUGGCAAAGAUGAGUAGCAAGCUGAACAGCGAACUCGUAUCCAAGGCUGUGGAUGACAUCCUCGCCUUCUCGGCCGGGGAGACCAUCAAGAGGGGUGACACCGAGAUCGUGGGCAAGAAGCGCAAGUUCACCGAGUCCAUCGAGCUCCAGGUGACCCUGAAGAAUUACGACCCCCAGCGCGACAAGCGUUUCUCCGGAACCUUCAAGCUGCCCACCAUUCCCCGCCCGCGGAUGAAGCUCUGCAUGCUGGGUAAUGCUGUGCACUGCGAGCAGGCUGAGCAGAUCGGCCUCGACCACAUGUCGGUGGAGGACCUGAAGAAGUUCAACAAGAACAAGAACCUCAUCAAGAAGUUCGCCAAGAAGUACGACGCCUUCCUGGCCUCGGACUCUCUCAUCAAGCAGAUCCCCCGUCUGCUGGGCCCCGGUCUUACCAAGGCUGGUAAGUUCCCCACCCUCGUCAACGCCGGAGACAACCUCCAGAGCAAGGUCGACACCGUGCGUGCCACGAUCAAGUUCCAGAUGAAGAAGGUGAUGUGCCUCUCGGUGGCCGUGGCCAACGUGGAGCAGCCCAAGAACGAGAUCGAGCUAAACGUGCAGCUGGCCGCCAACUUCUUGGCUUCUCUGCUCAAGAAGAACUGGCAAAACAUCAAGGUGAUGUACGUCAAGAGCACCAUGGGCCCGGUCCACCAGAUCUUCUUCUAAGAACUUUUUUGGAUGACGACGACGAUGUUUGCGUCUCCCCCGCCCCUGUCUAGACCUCUUUCUCCAAGCGGACUGAUGCUGGGUGUGUGCCUUCAACGGCGCUUUUGCGGGGGGGACCCGCAGCUGAUAAUUGUUUACUCUUACCGUUCACUUGCGGUUGUUCACCCCUUGUCUCUACGAGAGGCCUUUCGUUUCGUGUGCGCUCAGGUGUGUGAUUUCUUCACUCUUGCCUGUGGGGAAGCAAUUGUGUGAGCGUGCCGAGGGUGUUUUGGCCUCGAGUUUGGAGGUUUCUGAGGGUUGAAUUGUUGGGAGUGUUUGGGAGCUAAACAGCUUGCAGUGUCUCUUUGCCUGAAAAGGUUUUAGUGCAUGGCAAUCUACGCCGAUAGGGGGUCGGUUCUUGCCGGGGCCGCCCCCUCUCUGAAGACGAGGACUAAAAAAAAACGAAAGUUUGAACAAAAAA